AUGCGCAAAUGGAUACUGACAUGGAACCUUCCAAAAGUUUUCUCGGGACUGUACCUACAUGCCAUCUUCCUGUUCAGCAGUGUGUGUGUGGUCUACAGUGACUGCACUCCGGUGCAACUUGCUGCCAUCAUGAACUGUUCAAGACAUGAGCGUCACACCAGGAAUUAUGACUACAUGGAGGGAGGAGAUGUGCGCAUCCGACAGCUGUUUAGCCGCACGCAGUGGUUCCUGACAAUUGACGACGAAGGACACAUCAAUGGGACUCAAGACCCGACCAACUGUUACAGCAUCCUAGAGAUCAGGACAGUGUCUGAAGGGGGCAUACUGGCCAUCAAAGGCGUAAAGAGUCAGCAUUACAUCGCCAUGAACAAGGCUGGGCAGCUGCAGGCCAAGAGGAUCUACAACGACAACUGCAACUUCAAGGAGGUUUUCCUAGAAAACUUCUUCAACGCUUAUUCCUCCACAAAGUGGACUAAAAACGGCAAAGAAAUGUUCAUAGCGCUGUCUCAGAAGGGGCGGCCAUUGCGAGGGAAGAAGACGAGGAGGGAGCACGUGGCAUCGCACUUCAUCCCCAUGAAAUGCAAGGAGGAGGAGAGAAGGGCAGACUAAGACAGAGGACUCAUAUUUGUACAACUUCAGUUACCAAAUAUUUUAAUGGACCUUAAAACUUAUCACCGGCCACACUACACACUUCUGAAGAUGUACAGUAUAAGUUAUUAUAUACACAGUAUACAGAAGACAAUAUUGGGAGUUUGGACACAACUCUUAAUUGAUCAAUUAGGGGUUGGAUUGGAAACUGAAUCCUCAUCCAGACAUAAUAGACAUUUGAAGUGCAUCUAGAAAGAAUUCACUUUAAUUUUUCCGCAUUUUGUCAUGUUCCAGCCUUAUUCCAAAAUGGAAUGAAUUCAUAUACCCCAUAAUGAUAAUGUGACAAGUUUGAUUUUUUUUUAAUUUUGCAAAUUUAUUAAAAAAAUAAAUAAUCACAUUUACUUAAGUAUUCACAGCCUUUGCUCAAUACUUUGUUGAUGCACCUUCGGCAGCAGUUACAGCCUCAAGUCUUUUUGAAUAUGAUGCCACACACUUGGCACACCUAUCUUUGGGCAGUUUCUCCACUUUCUCUUUGCAGCACCUCUCAAGCUCCAUCAGAUUGGAUGGGAAGUGUUGGUUUUCAUCCAUGAUGUCUUUGUACAUUGGUGGUGACCAAGAAGCCGAUGGUCACUCUGUCAGAGCUACAGCAGAGGAGAACCUUCCAGAAGGACAACCAUUUCUGCAGCAAUACACCAACCAGGCCUGUAUGAUAUAAUGGCCAGACGGAAGCCGUUUUUGGUAAAAAGUUUGCCAAAAUGCACCCGAAAGAUUCUCAGACCAUGAGAAACAAAACCCUCUGGUCUGAUGAGACAAAGAUUGAACUCUGGUGUGUGAAUGCCAGGCGUCAUGUUUGGAGGAAACCAGGCAGCGCUCAUCACCCUGACAAUACCAUCCCUCCAGUGAAGCAUGGCGGUGGCAGCAUCAUGCUCGGGCAAUGUUUUUCAGCGACAGGAACUGUAACUCUAGUCAAGAUAGAGGGAAAGAUGAGUGCAGCAAUGU